AUGUGUACAUGCAAAACAUUACAUAACUUUAUUAUAAAUGACAAUACAAUAUGGAGAAAUAUAUGUCGAAGGGGUUUGGUAAUUCAAAAUCCCCUAAAUAGUGAAGCUGACUCUAAACCCUGGUAUGAGAGAUGUAAAAUUUCACAUAAUUGGCGCAAAGGAAUAUAUCUAAACAAGGUUAUCCUCCAUCAUGACACACUUUACAUGCCCUGGCUUGAAUUUCAUGAAUCCAAAAAUCUUUUAUUAUCUCUUGGAUCAGACCUUUGUUGCUUUUCCACCAACCAGAGAGGUUUACCAGAUUGCCGUAGAACCCUUUGGGCACUAGAAGUUCCAACAGUCAAAAGAUAUGAUGUGAGGACCAAUGAUAUAUCAAGAUUUGUUAUAAGGGAUAACAUUAUAGUUUGUGGAAAUAGAGAUGGAUGCAUUGCCAUUUACCUAUUCAACACUCCAACACGGAGGCCAUUACUACUCUGCCACAAAGACGAUUGCCAUCACAGUGGUCAAGUGGAGGUGACAGCUGUUGAGGGGAUCAAAACCACAAGCAGCUUGUGCGUGGUCACAGGCUCGCAGAAGAGCUCGGAAUUAUGCAUGUGGUCAUGGCACUUUACGGAUGAUGAGAAUUUGUAUGAAGAACAAAAUAUGAAUUGCAGGAGAAAGUAUAUAAAACUUGGCAGAGAUGUGGGUGUUCGAUGCUUGGCUACAAACAGUUCGAAAGGCAAAUUUGCUGUCGGCCUAACGGGAUACAAUAGACCACUCGUAUUGGAUUACAAUACUUGCAAUUUACUAACACCCUUUGACAAAGCGUGGAGAGGAAAGGUUGCCAUUAGAGAUAUUCAAUGGCAUGACGAGAGCACUGUAACAUAUGUAACACAUUCCGGUAUGCUGUAUCUCUGGGAUACACGCGCUAACAAUGUGGUUUACAGUGCUAUGGACACCUUCCAAUCUUCAUUGUACUGCGUGCGAACAGACAACAAUAAUGUGCUGCUUGCUGGCACGAGUGAGUAUUCCCGCUGUGUGCUCUUCGACAAGCGCCGUCAGGGCAGACAUGUUCAGAUGUAUUACACGCAAAAAAAGUCAUCGCCAAUUUACAGCUUGGCUUUCAGUUCAUCUACACUGAUAGCUGCAGCUGACAGAAGCAUGGCGUUUUUAGACUUUAAUGUAAACCCAGCAACUGUAAGAAGACGAGAUUAUUCACAUAUAUUCGAAUUUGUAAAAAGA